ACCGUCUGAGGCGUCCUGCGUUUCCCAGAGUCCUUCAGUGUCCGAGUCGAUCAGCGGCAUCAUGGUGAGUCGAAGGAUUCUGCUCCUCAGCGCCUCCUGCUGGCUGCUCGUUGCGCUCGGAAACAGCGAAGAGCGAUCGCCUGAAGACGUCAUCGUUACACAAGAGGAGCGAAAACUGAUUGAAGCUCUACAGGAAGUCUUGGAGCGAUUAAAGAACAAACAGCUGCCGUCGUCAGAGAGGAAGCUCGGCUGGCUUCCUGCAUGUGAUGCAGGGGAGCAGUGUGCGGUGCGUAAAGGCGCGAGGAUCGGGAAGUUGUGUGGAUGUCGCGGAGGAACCGUCUGUGACUACAUCGUCCUCAAGUGUCUGUAGCAACUUCCUGUCGUUCUGAACUACAAAAUAAAGGCGGCUUUUUCAAAAC